CAAAAAGUUAUAAGACAACUUUUCAUCAAAACCAGCGGACACCUCGCCUCCCCCUCAUCCUCCUCCUCCUCCAUCUUCUACUUCAUCUCAUCCAUGGCGAAUCCCAUGUCCUCUGUCAAGCGCCAAAAGCUUUCAAACAACAAUCUUAAGCAGCAGCCUCUAUUGCCAGGCCUCCCUGACCACGUUGCUCAACUCUGUCUUUCUCAUCUUCAUCCUUCUCUCCUCUACUCUGUCUGUCUCUCAUGGCGUCGCCUCAUCUACUCCCCUUCUUUCCCUCCUUUCCUCUCUCUUUACGCGCUUUUCUCAUCAUCCUCACCAAACCCACAUCCCAUCCACUUCUUCUCUUUCGAUCCCAUGUCCUCCACCUGGGAACCUCUGCCCCCGCCGCCGCCGGAUCCGCCGCUCCGCCUUCUCCUCCGUCACCCCUCUUUUCUUUCCCGGAACUUCCCUGUUCAAUCCAUUUCUGUCUCGGGCAAUCUCGUGCUUUUGGCCGCCACAACUCAUGAUUUCUUUCCAGCUUUCCCUCGUCCUCUCAUCUUCAACCCCGUCUCCCGUUCUUGGUCUUUCGGCCCUCCUCUCGCCGCUCCCCGCCGGUGGUGCGCGGCCGGAACUUCAAACGGCGUCGUUUAUGUAGCCAGCGGGAUCGGAUCACAUUUCUCCUCCGACGUCGCCCGUUCGGUUGAGAGAUGGGUGCUGCAGAAAACCUCGAACAAGAAGAAAAAUCAUAUUGAUUCGGGAUGGAAGUGGGAGAAGAUCAGAGGAUUGAAAGACGGGAGGUUCAGCAGAGACGCGAUUGACGCUGUGGGCUGGAGAGGGAAACUCUGUAUGGUGAAUGUAAAAGGGGACGCCGCGAAAGAAGGCGUUGUUUACGAUAUAAAGAGUGAUUCAUGGGAGAAGAUGCCGGAAGGAAUGAUUGCUGGGUGGAAAGGUCCGGUUGCCGCCAUGGAUGAGGAGACUAUGUACGCGGUGGAUGAGGUCAAAGGGGCGUUAAGAAAAUACGAUGAGGAGGAAGAUAAGUGGGUAGAGAUUAUGGAAUCGGAAAGUUUGAAAGGAGCGCAGCAGAUUGCUGCUGGUGGUGGAAGAGUCUGCGCAGUCACCGGCGUGGGACGGAUUCUGGCUAUUGACGUGACGGCGGCGCCGGCGAGGGUCUGGUUUGUGGAGUCUCCGUCGGGGUUGGAAGCUGUGGCGGUUCACAUCUUGCCGAGAAUGGGCCGGCCGGUGCCGGAUUUUGGAAUACGGCCGUGAGUAAAAAUCUUUCCUUUUUUUUUUGGGAAUUUAAUUUUUUAUUUGCUUUGUGAUUAAAUUCUCGAUUGUGAUUAGUUAAUUAUUUAAAUUACAGUUUUGGACUCUUCUUUCUGUCUUCCUUGUAAC